AUGAAUGACAAAAUCGUCAUCCGCGAGCCCCUGUUCGUGGCGCCAAAUGAGUGCAAGAGCGGCGCAGCCCAACACGAGCAAGACAAUUUUUUCAGGCGGGAAAGGAAAGAGGGGGCAAAUCUGAACAGCCAUAUAGGAACAAAUGGGCCAUACAAAAAGUGUCAGAAGUGGGAGCAGGAUGGAGGAAACGGACAGCGGAAUGACCCCCCCCUGAAGUUAAACGAAAGAGAAGACAUGAGCUGUUUUGUGGAAUACAAAGGGGACACUCACAAUUUAAGUAACGAAAAAAAUGUUCUCACUUCGUAUAGAAAAGGAGAAAUAAACAACAAGUACAAUAUAAUGGAUAACAUACACGAUGUUCACUACACGAGGGAAAGUAGCAAAAACUUGAAUGACUAUUUGAGACAUGUGAAGAUCAAUCACACUGCUCCUUGUGUGGGUGAGUUCCGGACCUGCAUGAAUUGCUUCCUAAACAUUUCGACCCUGUUUUGCAAAACGUGCAACAUAUUUCUCUGUGCAGUGUGCAGCAUAAAAUUGCACAAGAAUGAUCAGGACCAUAUUAUCAAUGUUGCCAGCAGUGGCUUGUUUCAAAAUGAUUACUCAUAUAAUGAUGUCAUCGUGAGAGAAAAGGACAAAUGGCUAGUCGAAAUGGACAAUAAUGUCCCAGUUAAAAUUAGGGAGAAAUGUCCUGUGCACACAAAUGAGUAUGUGAAGUAUGCCUGCAAAACAUGUCAGUACACUUUCCUAUGUAGUGACUGCUUGCUGAAUGAUCCUAUCCAUGUGCAGAAUGAAGCAGAUGGAGGGAACACUUCCAGGGAGAAGCGGCAAGAUGGGGCGCACGCAGAAGAUGAGUCCAAAUGCAGCAGGGAUGAGGCAGGGAAGAAUAAUGACAGUGGGAGUGCACCUCCCCUCUUUGGUAUGUCCUCAUCGGGAGGGAAAAAAAGCGGAAGAGAAACGGCCGAUCUGGCCCUACGUGGCGGCCACUCACCAACGCAAAAAAUUGUCAGCAUACGGAAAGAGGCGGAGCCAACCCCCCCGAUGACCACCUCAGCAGCCAACCACCACAACGACCUGGUGCAGCUCAAACCGGGGUUCAAACUAAUCCGUGGAAGUCACGAAAUAUACACCCUGAUAGAUGCGAAGAAUGAAAUCAAGCAAGAACUGAAUGACAAGCUACAACUCCUUUGUAAAAAAUCUCUAGUCCUAAAAAACACAAUCCCUUCCCUCAGGAACAUUUACAAAUAUGGAAAAAUCACGAGCAAAAAUGUUAAGAGGUCCAUAAGGGCUUCCUUCACCAUUACGAAUAUCUUCCUGGAGAGAAAAAAAAAAAAGUUACACGAAGAGCUAAAAGUGGUACAGGACAAAAGCACCAAAUUCCUAAAAAACAUGGACGAACAGAGAAUCAAUUACCACAGCUAUUUAGGGAUGAAGAAAAAUGAACUUCAACACAUGAUAAAGUUGAGUGGUCGAAAUGCAGGACUGUCUCUGGAUUACUACGUACAAAAAUUAGAAUCAUACAAGUGUCUAUUUUUUUCAAAGGAGAACUUAAUAGACAUAGAGAAGAAGCUGGAGAUCCCUCACUCCAAAAUGAAGUCGGAGGAUUUACCUUCUUUAGUUGAACCCAUGAAGAUAGAAGUUUCAGAAACGAAGAAAAACGUCAGUGACACCUCUGCACUGAUUAAGAAGGAAUUUGAGAAACUGCUCAGUUGCAGUAGCGAGAUUUCUGUUUACCCUGCGCACUUAAAAGACAUCCUCCAGAAAAGGAUAUACGACAGGCAAAGGGAUGAACCCGUGGAUGCAGACGCGAAGAAGCGGCAGCGAUACUUUCACGUUCUCCCGUUCACCGACCUGUACAUGAACAUCGGGGUGACCUAUCAACAGCAGUUUUGGCGGAAGGACUCCCUGCAUCAGAAGUGGGAGGUAAGGACCGUUUCGCUGCGCUCCAUUUACUUGUGUGUCCACACGCACGGGCAGGCGGUUGGAAACGGCAACAGAAACAGCGACAGAAACAGCAUGAUAAACUUCGUAGAUUCCCCUGCCGAUGGAAGCCACGAUAGCGCGUUCCCUGCCCAGUCGCCUCUCCGAGAGGACCCUCCCAAAAGUGGGUCUGCCGAGAACAACCACUUCAUCUCGAAAAACGAGAUAAAUAACUUCAGCAACGACAUCGAAUCUAUUGUGAGUAUCACCAAUGUGAGGGUGAAGCUCUUCUCCGACCCGGACAUAACGAAUAUAACCGUCCUGGAGAAGAGGAACCACCCCUAUGGGAUAGAAAUCACGGAGUAUAAUGAGAAGAGGGAUUUAUGUGGCUACUGGUUGCUGAGAGGCAACAACGAGAGUGAUGUUAAUACUCUAUACAACACCUUAGUGAGUCUAAAGAGGGAGAACAAAACGUCGGCACUCGUCCCUUCCUUCCAUCCAAAGAUAAAUAUGAGCAAUCCGAUGUUUCAUUUCCAUCAAAAGAAUGUGAAUACGGUGUACAAACACUUGGCCGCGAACCUGGUGGAACAAACACGUGUGGUUCCCGUUCGGGAGAACCACGACAUGGAGGAGACUAAAGAGAAUCCCUUGACAGGGAAUGGACUGAGAAAGCAACAGGACAGCCUCGAAACGGUGCAAAGCAGCGACACCGGUAAUUACAAUUACGACCCGUUCAUGAGGGGAUCGAGCCUCCUAUACUACUACGAUGGCAUGGAUGAUACGGAGUAUAGCGACCAUGUGAAGAAGUAUCAAAUAGAAGACUUCGUCCCUGGUCCGACAAACUUAUCCGAUUCGAAUAACGAGAUGGCUCUAGCCGAGUGCAGCCAGAACGUGUGCGCUGAAUCUAGCGGCACAGAAUCGAUGAACCCGUUUUCCCUUCCUAGAAGUGCGCUGGUGGAGGCUCCAUUAGGCGGGGGACCCCAAAUGAGCCGCUCCAAUGGGGAUAAUCUAACCGCGGAGGAACAGACGAAGCCGCCCCAGACGAACGUCUCCCGUGGGAAAGUGUCGCCACAAGGAGGAGUGAGCGCAUCUAGACUACACACCUUGGGGGUCCAUCCAAAAAGAAGAGACAUAAAUGUACCAGAUAUAGACAUCACUACUGUGAAGCCUAAUUUAGUGCACGAGGAGCAACACUUUAUGGCACUGAAUGUGGGUUCUAAUUUCUCUCAUGGGGACUACACCGCGGGGAUGUAUAGCAACGGGGUGAACACAGCUGUGGGGGUCCAUACGGGUUGUUACUCCAAUGGGGAUGCACAGGGAGGAAAUGCACAGGGAGGAAAUGCACAACGAGGAAGUUCCCUCACCGAUGGAAGUCCCCUCAUUGGUGUCAUUCCAGUUAGUACUCCACCUAGUGAAGAACGAACCAACGUUGGAGAUCAAACCAAUCAGCACUCAGUGGAAAGGCGCAACGGUGAUCGCAGCGCGCACGUUUCUGAUGUCACCACGGAGUGGAACUAUGGAGACGAGCUUGGACUGAAGAAUGGUCUUAAGUUAAGCAGCCUCCCUGUGGAAGACCCCCCCAAGAUGGAAGAGGGCAUUCAUCCUACUGGUGGCACGGGGAAAGGAGAACCUCACACGGAUGAAGUAGAUGGAGUGGCUAUGCAGGUCCUCCAUUCGACUGCUACGUCAGUGGAGAAUAGGAAGACAUGCACAGGUUUAGCGGCCAUAGAGGGCGGACUCUGUAUGCGCUUGAGUGAUCGCACGGUUGGAGGACUAACGGGGGAAGAUACAAAAGUGACUGAUCUGGAGGAGCAAUUCGCCAAGACGGGGGAGUCACUCAACAGCGAUGAAGUUACUAAAUUCCUGCGCCGAUUGGAUUGGGCACACAACACAAGUGAUGGUUUGCAUCAAGUGGGUUCUGAGGCGGCUACUACACCACGCAACCACUGCCAGGUGAAGCGGCUGACUGAUGAGAGGCAGUUCCAUACAGUCGAAACAGAAGCAGAGGCAGCAUUACUUUGCCCCAACGAAGGGGACAAGCACAUCCAUGAAGCGGACAGAACGGAAGCGAAUAACACUCCUGGAUGUAUGAAACAACCGGAUCAUAGAACCCGUAAUGGAGAUCCAAAGGGAGAGCCAAAGGGAGAACGUCUCAGUAAGGUUUACUCUGAUGAGGGCCCCUUCUCUGAUGGUACGCCCAUGAAUGGAACUUCCCUUUCUCCACGUGAAAGUAGGAACAAGGAGAGGCAGCUGGUUAGCGAUAUGAGGAGGGAAAAUCUAGUAGGGGGGAACCCACCUUGUGUUGGGCAUACAAGGGAAAGCAUCACUACGUAUGGUAAGCAGGAAGGAGAUCCUCUCAUUAUCGUAGAAGACCAUUCAUCUGUGCGGGCUUCCACAAAGGUGAUGGUCCCCUUGAGGAAAAUGGAGAACUCAGAAAAGGAGUGCUUCCCCGUGAGGGAGAUCACUGCAAAGGUGCCUUUCGGGUGUGAAAGUGUCUCCAUUGAGGAACCCCAGAAGGAAAUGAAAAUUCAUAAUGUGCUGAGCGACCAACGGGGGGGAAGUGACAGGAGGGAUUUGAAUCAACCUGAGUGGACUACCACGGGAGUGGCCUUAACCCGUGGACACGGCAAUGGAGAAGUGCGUCCCGACAGAGUGCACACAUGUGAGGAGAUCCACAAAGGGACCAACCUGCAGGCACAUCGAAAAAACUGCGUGAUGCGUUCUUCAAUGAAGGACCCUCCUCGGGAAGAACAGAACAGAACGGAGGUCUCCCCAGCACGGAUACAUAACAAGAAGGAUAACCCGAUGGAGAACCAGAUGGGAAACCACGAGACUACCUCCAACCUUAGUGUCAUUUUGAAGCUAACCUCUGUCCACGUCGACAGGCGGGCAAGAAUGGUCCAGGGCACAAAAAACGCGCAGGGGGGAAUGAGAAGUGGCGUGGGAAGGACGAAGUUGCAAAAGGAGGAGAGGAACAAGACGCCGCCCCCCAAGCGGAAGAAGAAUCAGGGCAGUGUAGGUACCUCCGCGGUUUCCACUUCGAAGCCGAAGGCUCGCCUCAAGACGCUUCACGAGGAACUGGAACCAGCGGGGGGCGUCCCUGCGAGUGUGAUCAGUCGAGUGAUGAGCCAGAUAGGCAGUAAAAGGUUGGGGUCUUAA